UGAAGCCUUUUCUUAUAAUAUAAUCUUAAGCAAAUAUCAACUCCAUCACCAAGAUGAGCAAUAUUUCCUUUGGUGUCCUUCACUCCAAAGUGGAGCAGAUGGUCUAUUCCAAUACUCUUUUGCAUGAGCAGCAUCUGGCGACCGAGGAGGGUGAGCCCAUUGAUCUCUUCAACAUGUCCGACAAGAAGAUCACUGACCUCGUCUACUCCACUCAUGUCCACACUCCAAAAACUUUCGACGAGGACUCUCUUUUCGUCAUCGUCAAAAACAUUCUUGAUCAUGCUAUCCGAACCAGUGAUGAUGUUCUACAGGGACGAAGCCAAGUUACCCCGGAAAACAAAGAGGCUAUAAUAGUUAUAGAUCCUAACUUGAGUAUUCCCUUGUGCAAGCUCAAGGAAAUUGGCAGCGAGCUUUCAUGCAAGGCUCCAGGAGAGAAAAUAGCACACAAAACAACUCUCUCUAUCCUGAAUAAGCUGUCAGAGUAUACAUGGGAAACAAAAGCAGUGCUAACCCUAACAGCUUUCGCCAUGGAGAUAGGAGAGUUUUGGCUAUUGGCGAAGCUUUACCAGUCGAACCAAGCAUUGGCAAGUCAAUUGGCCAUCCUUAGAAGAGUGCCAGUCCUCAUCAAGCAGCCCCUAGAACUCAAAAAGCAACAGCGGGCCAUAAAAAACUCAGACGAGUUUGAGACGCUCUCCAAGCAUUACGGCUUUGAUAUUCCAAAGUUGGAAAAUUUCUUCAAUAUCAUGCCUGCUUAUGUCUACUGGACUAUUAUGACUAUUGCAGCCUGUGCUACCAAGUUCAGUAUUCUCAUCAGUGAUGAGCCGGAGAAGCGUCAUGAUUUAAGGCCAUAUGACCAAAAGAUUUAUUCCGUUCUUGCGGCCGUCGAACGAUGGCGCCUUGAGUGCGAAAAACAAAAAAAUGAGUUGACGGCGUACAAUUGGAUCGCGAAAAUCUUUAGUACUCCAACAGAAAUCAUGGAGAUUUUCAAGGCCAUUAUAUUCUUUCAAAUCGAGGAUUAUACAAAAUACCAGCCACUUAUGGUUGGAUCUACAAAUGAAUUGGUGAAUCUUGAUGUGUUGAAGGAGAAGUUUGUGUACCUUUUCAUUUCAGGCGUCGACGUCUCUUAUGAAGAUAUUGUAUUCCUCAAACAUGUUCAUGAAGAACUAAAGAAACACACCCGAUACACAAUAGUGUGGAUUCCCAUUGUAGAGUCAUGGAAUGAGAAACAAAAGAAAAAUUUUGAGUGUCAAAGGUCAAAGAUGCCAUGGUACAUCUUGAAUUUCUUUAAACCGAUUGCAGGGCUAAAAUACAUCAGGGAACAUUGGGAAUUUACUGGCGAGGGGUUGGUUGUGGCGUUAAACGAUGGGAAGUUGAUAAAACGCAAAAAACUCGAUUUGAUCCGCGGUGAUCCAAAAUUCUUUGAAGUUGAUAUUCCCAUAAUAAGAGAAUUUAGAUGGAUUGAUAGAUUGUUCGGAAAUUUGGACGCUUCUAUUUGCACCUGGCUCAAGGGGAACAAGUAUAUUUUCUUCUACGGAGGAAAAGAGGAAUGGACCAAACAGUUCAAAGAGAAAUCAGAGGCCAUCAUUAAAGAUCAGAAGAUUAAUAUCGAGUUGUUUUGUGUGGAGAAGAAGACAAUCGAAAGCAGGGAAGAUCUCACCAUGCUUACGAAAUUCUGGUCUAAUGUAGAGAGUUUGCUCGGCUCAAGAACUUCCGUGGAAGUUGAUCAAAAGGCUCCCGAAAAAGAUGACUACUUUGGGGCUAAAGAUAUCGCAAAAUUGUUGUCGUUCAACUACAAAGAUGGCUGGGCGUUGUUUAGCAAAGGACCCUCGUUGGUGACCAUUGGCUAUAUUCCGACGAUGUGUAAAGUGUUGGAAGAGUUUGGAAAGUGGAAGGAGAAUAUUCAGAAGAAUGGGUUCGAGAAGAGUUUGAAGGGCUAUUAUGAGACACUUUCGGGGACUACUGAACCCACUUGCUGCCACUUUUAUAUCCCCACUCACGGGGGAAAGAACCUUGAAAUCCAAUGCCCAGACCCAGGCUGCUCUCGCACCUUGGAGAUGUUCACCAGUUACAAGUGCUGCCAUGUGGAUCCUCCUUUGAAUGCAUUUCACUAAUAUGUUAUGUAUGUUUGUACUAUUAUAUCUAAUGUACGUACUUCUGAGUCGUAAUAAGAUUAAAUAAAGGGCUAGCUUAUGUAUAAAGAUUGCUUACGUAUAUGGUAAGUAAUCUGCUAGCUCAUGUCCUCAGAAUUAGUACGUAUUUCGGUCGUGGAAGCGUGUGUGUUUUGUGUAUGUCCAAUAAGGGCAUUUUUAUUACGUUAGUAAUAAUUUGAUGCCUCAGCUACUCGUAAAUCUUUGUGUUAUGAAUGAUGUAUUUUUGGUACAA